AGUGCCAUGGCGUACAAGAGGAACCCCAUGCGAGCGGAGCGUUGCUGCAGCUUGGCUCGACAUCUGGUGGCGCUGAUGGCCGACCCGCUGCAGACGGCCUCGGUGCAGUGGCUGGAGAGGACACUGGACGACAGCGCUAACAGGAGGAUCUCUCUGCCCGAGUCCUUCCUCACAGCAGACAUCAUCCUCAGCACGCUGCAGAACAUCACAGAGGGACUGGUGGUUUACCCCAAAGUCAUCGAGAGACACAUCCGCCACGAGCUUCCCUUCAUGGCCACAGAGAACAUCAUCAUGGCCAUGGUGAAGGCUGGUGGAAACAGACAGGACUGCCACGAGAAGAUCCGCGUUCUGUCCCAGGAGGCAGCGGCUGUGGUCAAACAGGAGGGUGGUGAUAACGACCUUCUGGCCAGAGUUCAGCGAGACCCCUACUUCGCCCCCAUCCUGGGACAUCUGGACGCUCUGCUGGACCCCAAGACCUUCAUUGGCCGCGCUCCUCAGCAGGUGGCCAGGUUCCUGACUGAAGAAGUACGCCCCCUGCUGGAGCCAUACAACGCAAAGAUGGAUGUCAAGAUUGAGCUCGAACUCUGAAACACGCACUGACUUGAA